AGGGGCGGGACAAGCACAGGGCGGGGCUCCGCCAGCGCAGGCUGCCCGCUCACACACCCCAUCGCCGCUGCUCCAGGGCGAACGCGGACCGAUCGCCCACCGCACCACAGCCGGGAUCCCCGGAGGCUGCGGGACGCGGCAGGUUCGCCACCGCCGUGUUCCCGGUAGCGAAAACCGUGCCCGUUCCUAUGAUGGUGGCAGCAUGGCAUCUGCCCGCAGCUAAGAUGGCGAAGGCCGCGCUUCCGGUCUGCAGCUCCCGGCCGUCUCAGCCUACGCGGCACGCAGAAACAGACGGGGCUCCUCCAGCGUGGGCAGCCUGCUCGUCGAGUCCAUCACCGCUGCUCCGUCCGGGCAUAUCCCACACAAUGACUGGGAGCCCCGACGGCUCCGGGUGGUGGCGGCUCUGUCAGCCGGUCCCGCGAGAACGCGCCCGUUCCUAUGAUGGCGGCCGCGUGAUGUCUGCCCGCAGUUAAGAUGGCGCCGCCAGCGCUCUGGGGACACCGCCCGGAGCUCCCGGCAUGCACUGCGCGGGCCGGGCACACAGCUGCCAAGAUGGCGGACCUGGAGGAGCGGGUGUCGGAUGAGGAGAAGGUGCGUAUAGCUGCAAAAUUCAUCACUCACGCACCCCCUGGAGAGUUCAAUGAAGUGUUCAAUGAUGUCCGGUUAUUGCUUAACAAUGACAAUCUUCUCAGGGAAGGAGCAGCACAUGCAUUUGCACAGUACAACAUGGAUCAGUUCACUCCGGUGAAGAUAGAAGGGUACGAUGACCAGGUCUUAAUCACAGAGCAUGGUGAUCUGGGCAAUGGCAGAUUUUUAGACCCAAGGAACAAGCUUUCCUUUAGGUUUGAUCACUUGAGGAAAGAGGCGAGUGACCCGCAGCCCGAGGAGGCAGAGUGGGCUCUGAAGGCCUGGAGAGAUGCCUGUGACAGUGCCCUGAGAGCCUAUGUCAAGGACCACUACCCCAAUGGCUUCUGCACUGUUUAUGGUAAAUCUAUAGAUGGACAGCAGACAAUUAUUGCCUGUAUUGAGAGCCACCAGUUUCAGCCCAAAAACUUCUGGAACGGGCGUUGGAGAUCAGAAUGGAAGUUUACAAUCACACCACCAACAGCUCAAGUGGCUGCAGUGCUCAAAAUCCAAGUCCAUUACUAUGAAGAUGGCAACGUCCAGCUGGUUAGUCACAAAGACAUUCAGGAUUCUGUACAGGUGUCAAGUGAUGUCCAGACUGCUAAGGAGUUUAUUAAGAUCAUAGAAAAUGCAGAAAAUGAGUACCAGACAGCAAUCAGUGAAAACUACCAGACCAUGUCAGACACCACUUUCAAAGCCUUACGCCGGCAGCUGCCCGUCACCCGCACCAAGAUUGACUGGAACAAAAUCCUCAGCUACAAGAUUGGCAAAGAAAUGCAGAAUGCUUAAUGCAGAAACAAGGAGGUGUAUGAAACAUUCGUGUGCAAAAAAACAAAUGUGGUCCUAUGCCAAGUAGAUGGUUUCUAAACCAGAGCAGAUUUUUAGGGCUUUCAAAGUUAACAGGUUUUCUAGCCUGAGAGGGAACCAUGGAACAAAUAGUUGUCUUUGUGUUUUGUGUUUCCUGCCGCAUAAACUUCCUGUUGUAGCUGCAUUUAAUAGGUCAUUUAAAUUCAGCCAUUGAUGGCUCAGAAGUAUAGCUGUUUUCAGUCUCUGGCUGGAAAACUUCCUAGCUGGAAAAGCCCUAAUACUACCCCAGGAGAGGGUGCAGAGCGUUCCCUUCACCUGUAUCUAGCACUCCAGGUAUCCAGUACGUUUGUCAAACCUGCCAAGAGCUCACAGUGCUGCAAGACUCAGUAAGUGCAAGACAGUGAGUCCUUGUGUCUCCUUAUUCCCAGCCUCCACAAAGCAGAUGCCUGCAGGUUUAGAUUUUACUGUAGAAAAAGAGUUUACAGGAUCCUUUACAGAAAUCCCUACUGACCCAGCUCUUCCAGGGACAUAACUUUUUUUUAAUCUGAAGAUUUGAGCCAUGUUCCCGAAAAGUGAACAUCUUUGUUCUCCCCUCCCUUGUGUAUAUACGGUUACCAGACAUCUGCAUUUUUACAGAACUACAAGAUGAGUCACUGCUGAUCCACAAGGGCUGGAUGGUGAUUAAAAAUGCAAAUGUCUACAGAAUAAUAGGUAUGUUGUGCUUUAAUGCUUUGUGGCAGGUUCAUAGAUUUGUAUCACAGGUGUAUGGAUGGAUAGUGUACAAAAUAAAUAAACUUGCACCAAAGUGGAAGAAAAAGUC